AAAAAGGUAGUAUGUAUGGCCAAAAUUUAAUUAUAUCCAAUGAACAAAGUACAAACCAAAUUUUGCCAACCAUACGUUGUUUGUUUAGCCUUUCUUUCUGGACUCCAAACGUAAAAGCUCCUGUAUACAUAGAUCCUUCCUUGCAUACAAAAUUAUUCACAAAAUAUUUGCAUUGUCAUAAUAAUAUCUUCUUACUGAGAGCCCCAGUUGAACUGACAAUAAUUUAUUUUGAGUUCCAUUUUUUAUUAUCUGGAAAUCAACAAAUUCGACAGUGAAUUUUUUUGUUUUUGAUGGUGCUUCUAAGCUUUCAAGCAACCCAGUUAAUCGUCCCACAGGCACAGCGUGUGUCGUUGCGUAGUAAACAGAGCAUCCGGUGUGGGAUUGCAGAGCCAUCGGGAAAGCCGGCUCCUUUGGGACAAAAGACGAAAUACAACGAUGGGUUUUUUGAGAAGGCAUUCAUGACUCUGUUUGCCAGGAAGAUGGAGAAGUUUGCAGCUAAUUCACCGAAAGCAGAGAAGAAGGGUUGGUGGGAGCAUGACUAUGAGAGUUUUGUGGAUGUCUCAAAGAGAGUAAUGCAGGGAAGGUCUCGUAUCCAGCAGCAGCAAGUGGUUCGGGAGGUUCUCUUGUCUAUGCUCCCUCCAGGUGCGCCUGCUCAGUUUAGGAAACUGUUUCCACCAACGAAGUGGGCUGCAGAAUUCAAUGCUGCAUUGACUGUGCCUUUCUUCCACUGGCUUGUUGGGCCUUCUGAGGUUAUAGAAGUAGAGGUGAAUGGAGAGAAGCAACAAAGUGGAGUCCACAUAAAGAAGUGCAGGUACCUGGAGAAUAGUGGCUGUGUAGGCAUGUGCGUGAACAUGUGCAAGAUUCCAACUCAAGACUUCUUUACCAAUGAAUUUGGGCUUCCAUUAACCAUGAUCCCCAAUUUUGAAGAUAUGAGUUGUGAAAUGGUGUAUGGCCAAGUCCCACCCCCAUUUGAAGAGGAUCCGGUGUCUACACAGCCAUGUUAUGCUGAAAUAUGCUCUAUGUCAAAUCCCAGCUCCAGUGUCUGUCCAAAAUUACAAGCUUGAGAAGAUAUUCCUUUAAUUCGAUUAAAUCAUACCAAAAGUAUUUCUAUUACAAUACAUCUCAUGUCUAUCUGCCACGGCUUUUUGGCCUUUUACUGUAUAAUGUCAAUAUUUGACUUUUAGAAAUGGCAAAUAUAGCUUUGCUAUUGAUUUUGUUUUGUAAAUCUCAGAAAGCAUCUAGUCACAGACUCAUAGUAUUAUACUAAACUAUAGUCUUCACGUGUCUCAUUUCCAACUUGAAAGUAAUUAACAAGGAGAACAUGAAUUCUGUUCUUGACGAGAUUUUGUUUA